AUGGAACACGGUGCUGCAACGGCGCCACUACCCGACGCGUUUCUCCACUUCUUAGAAUCCAACGGAAUCGACCCAUCCAUUUACACUUCAAUUGAUUCCACACCACGAUACAUUCGUUUGAAACCCGGUUUCGAAGAUUGUAUAGAAGAUGUUGAAUCAGAAGUUAAAUGUAAACCCGAAAAAUUGGAAUGGUUGCUAGGGUUUUACACUCUUCCUCCUCAUAUUCAAAUUGCUAGUACUAAGGCAUACCAAGAAGGAAAGAUAUAUGGUAUUGAUGCAUCUUCUGGAGCUGCUGUUAUGGCUUUAGGUAUAGCACCUGGGGAUCAUGUGUUGGACCUAUGUGCUGCUCCUGGUGCCAAACUUUGUAUGAUGCUAGACCUUCUUGGUGAUUCGGGUUCCGUAACUGGAGUUGAUGCUGCAAGGCAUCGGUUGGCAGCAUGUAGAACAAUGCUGCAGAAGUAUAAACUGGGUGAUAGAUGCCGGCUUUUUGUUGCUGAUGGAACAGCAUUUUCAGUUAUUCCUGAGGGGUUUCAUUCUGUUUCUAAAUCAUGUGAGUCUAGAUUGGAAGAAAGAAUGGACGUGUUCAAGGAGUGGACAUCUAAAAGACCAUGGAAAGAAAGGAAAAAAGCAAAGAAGUGUGGCACUCCACAAGUGGUGUCUAAGUCUCACCCUCCUGAACUCAUAUAUUAUGGACGGCAUUCUGGAGUUAUCGGUCUUACUAAAGGAGAAUUAUAUAAGACUGUAUCUGAAAAUGAGAUUGCAGGCUAUGGCUAUGACAAAGUCCUUGUGGAUGCAGAAUGCACUCAUGAUGGUUCAGUUAAACAUAUUCAGAAGUUUGAACAUUGGGGCUGGGUAACUCUUCAACGUCGUGUGUUGGAUGCUGAGAGGACGGAUAAUUUACAUGCUCUUCAGCUGAAUCUUCUCACUAACGGUUUCAGACUACUAAAAGUUGGAGGAUCACUCGUCUAUAGCACUUGCAGUUUAACUGUUGCACAAAAUGAAGAUGUGGUAGAACAGUUCUUGAAGGAAAAUAUAACCGCCGAGUUGAUGGAGAUAGAUGCUGCCAGAAAAUGGCCUUGCAAGGGUGGACGCAUACAAAAAACAUGGCGAUUUGACCCAUUAACAUCACAAACUAGUGGACUCUUUGUAGCAAAGUUUAGAAAAGUAGUCAUUUGA